AUGACGCGCGCGUCUCAUCUGCGCGGCUUCCUCGUCGCUUUGUUUUCUCUCCUGGCGCUGCGCGUCGACGCGCGGUACCGAGGACGCGCCGUCGGUGGACGCCGAAUCUCUGGACGUGGGAUCGGACCUCGCGCCGCCGAUCGCGUUGGUAUCGGUCGAAAGUUACUCGAAAGUUACGACAGUAACGACGCGACAGAGGUUGCGCCCGUGUUGCGUGAAGAUGGUCACUGCGUCGUCGCGUACGAUCAAAUCGCGCGUCGACCUGAACUGUCGGAAUUGAAACAAGUCAUAGACACGCUGCCGAGAAUCAAGGACAAGCUGCAAGACCCCACGAGAGUUUUCACCUUGUUCUGUCCGACGAACGAUGCGAUCGAGAAGCUGCGAGCUUGGGAAGAUUGGGAAGCUGCGCGGCGCGAUCUCGUGGACGCGUUUGGCUCCACGCGAUUGAUGAGAGCCUACCUUUUGGCGUACCACGCCGUGCCAAACGCCACGUACACGAUGUCACAGCUCGAACAACUUCGUGGCGACGAUCGCUUUCUCGAAGAUUAUCUCAACAACGUCAUGCCGCUGUACGUGGUCGAACAGAAGGCGAACGGUGUGGUAAUCUCAGGACUCGGGUCCGACGCGCGAAUCGUCGAAGCGGAUAUUCGCGCGUGCGGGGCCAUUUUGCACUCGAUCGAUCACGUCUUGCUCCCGUUCGACGGCGACGACGAGUUCGACGGCGAACAGGUAUCAGCAUUGAUCUCGGCCACGGACGCGCUUCGCAAGCGAUACGGCCAACCGCCGCUCACCGCCGAAGAGAAGACCUCGAUUCAGUCUUCCGACGACCCAGUCGACGCCGUCGGCGCCGUCGACAUCGAAUCCGUCCCGUCGGCGUGGACCGAAGCGGCGUACGAAUACGAAGACGACGAUUAA